GGGGCAAUUCUCAGUUGAACUACAGUAACUCGCGUUCCACUAAUGGUUGCUGUUAUUUUUCCCGCAAUUCGCAUUAUAAUUUUUUAACUUCAUAACUUGGCUAUUGAAUUUUUUAAUUUAUGUAUAUGCGUGUGACAAAACUAUUCGAUUAAUUUGCGGCGAAUUUUUCUUAUUGAACUUUAUUGGCCUCAAAAACGGCAAAGUGUGUACACAACAGCAACAAAUAAAUGCGCACAAGCAUGCAAGGGCGCUUAUGAUCUACUUAUAAAUUCGUAUUCCUAUACUACUGUAAUUAAAUACGCAUACACACGUGCAUAUCCAUACAUACAUAUGUACUCCUAACAAAAUAUUACGUCACUAUCAAUGUUUUAACUGUGUAAAUGAAGCUAAAUAUUUUCUAAGCGAAAAGUUUCGAUAUUAUUGCCACAGUCACCUGCCCUAUAUUUCUCCUUAUCUUAUCGAAGCGAACAACUACGAACGAAUCACUUACGAAGCCAUUCUAUGUUGUCAUUCGUAUAGUUAGUUGGACAUUUUCCGACGACGCUUACGAUUGUAUUCGCCUUUAGUUAACGAUUAACCAGAAACAAACCGAUCGUGAAAAAAUCUCUGCGCACGUAAUAUAUUUUACAGCUAUAACGACGAAACCAUAUACGAGAACAACAUUUAAGAAAAUGGAUAGUCGAAAAAUGGUUUCCUACGAAAUAAUGGCAUCGAUAUGCCUUAAGAUCCUGAAACUGCUCAAUAACUUGGGCGUACUGGUCCUAUAUCGUACCGGCAAUGGAGGUGAUUUUUUGGGCAUCGGUGGCAACUGGAAUCUACAAGAAAAGCAUAACCCAGCUCUGGAAAUGCUUGCGUCUGGCGUAUUCGUAGGAUUUAUAAUAUACACGGCGGUGGUGAUUAUCGGAUACUGUUUUGGAGGCAGUAAAGACAAGCGGGACUUAACGGACAUCCUUAUGAACACAGUCGGUACCGCAUUGUGGAUUACGGUUGGAGUGGUGGCGAUUCACUAUUGGUUGGGUUACAUGUCCGAUGGAAGUUUCUCGUAUGCCAGCUCUGAACGCAGUGUUGGCUUAGCAAUGGGCGCUUUGUGUAUUGCUCAAGGCGCCUUGUACUUGGUGGAUACUAUUUUGGGGUGCGUACUUUACUACAAGGGUCCCAUGGAGUAUGCCGUUAUAAGUCAUUAUACUGUGGAAUGAUGGCGAGCGGUACUUUGAAAUAUUAGCUUUAAUGCUACUCCAAUGCUGGAACACACACAUAUGUAAAUUCUGAAUAAAUGUUAUGCGUUGCAACUCCCUGUAGGGAACUUAUUGCUUUUACUAGACCCAUAAGUA